AUGGAUGGCCAGGGUGGAGACAAACAGACCGACGCCGGCGGCUCAGUGAGUCAGGUCGAGAUCCAGAUAAAGGAGCUCUUCAGUGGCGACAGCCUGGGCGUGCGGUUGGGAUCCGACUGCCUGGUGGUCAAUGGCUUGGACGUGCCAGAGGCUGAGAAACUUGGCUGGCAGAUCGGGGAUGAGAUUGUGGCCGUGAACGGGCGGAGUGUGCAGUGUCGUGAGGCCGCCGGGAACUCCGAGAACUCGAAGGCACCCCGCGCAGCCGGAGAGUCUGAGGGGGCCUUGCGCCAGGAGCUCGAGGCGGCCGCCCGCGAGGCGCGGCCCUUGCGGCGGCGCGUGAUCCUUGAGGCGCUGAGGGCCGAUGCCUCGAUGGUGCAGGAGGAGUUUCGGGUUCCGGGCCGGAGCAGCCCCUUGAGCCUUUUGGGGCAUGCGUGGUCGCACUCCCGGGAGCUCAAAGAAGAGCUGGACAUGACGGUGGUCAUGUCCCUGCUGCGGGCGAAAGCCGAUCCGAACCGGCCUCCGAGUAGCGACCUCAGCGACCUCAGCGUUCCAGUGGGGACCCUGAUGCUCUGUGACGAGCUCGAGUGGGCUCAUGCCAGCCGCCGCCCUUUGGAGGACGUGUUCAUCGCGUCACUGACUGCAGCAGGCGCCGACUGGGCCAACAUCUGCUCCUGCCGAACCCUCGACUCCGGGAUUGUGGGGCCCUCGCCCUGGAUCCUGGCCCUGCGCGCGCCCUGGGAGCAAAGGGCCCAGGAGCUGCGCACCCUUCUGGGCCUCCGAGCGCAGGUGGACUGGCACUACGAGCUCCACGGGGCCACGGCCAGUGGUUUGGGGCAUCAGGUUCUCACGGGUGACGCGCCUGCUUGCGGCCUCCUCCUGGAGCUGGGGGCGUGCCCAGACAGCCGGGUUCAAACCGCGGGCAGCGCGGCCAAGCUGCUUGACGUGGCCAUCAACUUGCAGGACAAGGAGGCGGCUGCAUCGAUUGUCGAUGUGCUUCUCAAGCACAAGGCCUUCCCACAUAUUGAAGUGCACAUCGACACGAUGCCAGUGCCUUUCCCCGAUGCCGUCAAGAAGCUUGCAGCAAGCCAUGCGUCGUUUCAGCAGGUGAAGAAAACCCAUCUGGACUCCGACGACGAAGAGCAAGAUCAGGAAUCGUCGGAGGAGGACAACGAGGACGAGCAAGAGGAGGGCGAGGAGUCGGAGGGAGGUGAUUUGGGAGAGGUCACUCUUCACGAAGAUGAUCGGGUCGUCGUGCGAUGCGCUGCGAAUUUGCGGGAGGACCAGCAAGUCUUCCGCGUGCUGCAGGUCUCCGAUGCCACCGCCACGGUGAAGGCAUUGGAGGGCUGCGAGCGAUUCGAGUGCCCGCUGGGAGACUUGAUUCGCCUGGCACCACCCAUCAUGGAUGACAGCGGCUACAGCUCGGACGCAGACUACGCCUACUGGGACCUGCGCCGGGGGAAGCAGCCCCCAAACUUAGAGGCGGUGGGGCGUCCCAUGGUCAUCGUCUCCCGGCGCAGCGCGCAGGCCAUCGAGGUGCCCAAGGGGUCCCACUUGCUGGCCAAGCUCCCGGCCGUUUUGGAGGGGUCGCAGUACACCCUCCUGCUGGAGUUCCGGCUGAAGCCCUUCCACGGAGUCCUGGCGCUCUUGCACACGGCCAAGGAGUUGGGGAUGGCCGAGUUGGCCAUCCAGGCCUCCGAGGGGACGGAGGAGCUGCCCUCACGGCCCAUCCUCCAGAAUCCCAGGGGUGAGACUCUGCUUUCCGCCAGCCUCGCCUGGAAUCAGUGGGUUUCUUUGGUGGUGACCCGGUCGCCCAAAGGCUCCGCACAGGUGUUCCUGAACGGCACGGUUGUGAAGGUGGAGGGCAAGCAGGAGGCACCACAGUGA